CGCCGCACCGGCACCGGCACCGCCCAUAUAUAGUAACAACAAACACUCACUGACACACGCGAUUCACUGUGAAUGUGGCAUCGAGAGCUCACUCCCUACCCUACCAAGAACCUACCAACCACCGCCUAGCUGCUGCAUCCAUCACUCAGUCUCACACACCGCGAGCGCGUCGGUGCUCUUCCGGGAUGGGGAUGGAGUACGAGCCGGUGCCGGUGCCGGGGCAGAAGAAGGUGGGCGGCGGGCGGACCGCCCUCAAGCUGCUGAUGGCCGUGCUCCUCGCCGGCUUCGCGCUCAGGCUGCUCGCCGACCACUGCGCCUCCUACCGCCUGCCGCCCCCCGCCGCGCCGGAGGAGGCCUUGGCGUUCGCCGUGACGGCGGCGCCGGAGCAGGACGCCGACGGUGUGGACGAUACGCCUGCAACUCCCAACGGUGCAGCAAAGUGUGAUCUCUUCCAUGGGGAAUGGGUCCCUGAUUCGUCUGGUCCAGCUUACACUAACGCAACCUGCCGGUUCAUCGAGGUUCCACAGAACUGUAUGUCAAACGGAAGGCCUGAUGACGGCUAUCUUCACUGGAAAUGGAAGCCAUAUGGCUGCGACGUGCUGCCACCGUUCGAUGGCAAGACGUUCUUGGAGAGCAUGCGGGGCAAACACUGGGCGCUAGUCGGCGAUUCGAUCCUCCGCAAUCACGCCCAAUCCUUGGUCUGCCUUCUUGCUAAGGUUGAAGAUCCUACUGAUGCCUAUCAUGAUGAAACCUGGCAAUCUAGGAGAUGGUACUUCCCUUCACACAACUUCACACUCUCUCUUGUGUGGGCGCCAUAUCUAGUAAAGUCUGAAAUAUUCGAGGAUGAGAACGGGGUAUCGUCUGCUGAGCCCCGGCUGCACUUUGAUGCUCUUGACGCAAACUGGAUAAGCAAAUGGAGCAGCUUUGACUACGUCAUCAUAUCGACAGGACAAUGGUUCUUCAAGGUCGCAGUCUACAUGGAGAAAGGAGCCGCGGUUGGCUGCCACUAUUGCAAGGACAAGAGCCUGAAGGAGAUAACCAUCGAGCAAUCCUUCCGCAGGUCUCUCAGGGAGGCCUUCAGGUUCAUCACGACAUCGCCUCACAAGCCGGUGGUCUUCUACAGGACGUGGUCACCGUCGCAUUUCGAGAACGGUGAAUGGUUCAGCGGCGGUACCUGCGACAGGAAGGUGCCGUUCAAGCCGUGGCAGACCGGCGACAGGCAGCUGGACAACCUCAUGUGGCGGAUCGAGAGGGCGGAGUUCGCCAAGGCGGCCGCCGAUGACGGGGCUAGCAACGCUGGCCGCCUGAAGCUGCUCGACACGUUUGAGAUGUCGCUGCAGAGGCCUGAUGCCCAUGCCGGACCUUACAGAACGUUUCAUCCUUUCGCCAAGGAGAAUAUGGGCAAAAUCCAGAAUGACUGCCUGCAUUGGUGCUUGCCCGGACCGAUCGAGGCGUGGAACGAUAUCAUCAUGCAGAUGCUACCAAAGGAGUAGCAUGAUCAGUCAUCUAAUUUUGACAUGGCUCAGAAUCUGAAGUAUCUUCUGCUGGCAUGCUUUCAUGAUGUCCAGCAGUCUUCUUAGGGUAAUGAGGCUUGUGUGUGUGUUGUGAAGUGUAAAACAGUGUCAGCAGAAGUACUCUGCCAAGCUCUCUGGGUAUAGACAGUUUGGAGCAAGUAUACAUAGUACAAGAAUAAUGCAAGAAUUUAACACCGGAGUUGCUUCUAUAAAGGCAAAGAGUGCAAAACUGGGACAAA